UGGAGGACUGACUGUCUGAGACCGGGGUUACAGUCACAUCUUCACCCCAGAAUAGGCUCUCCACACCGGCUUCACGUGUGAGAGAAAACCACAAUGAGACACCAGAGGAAAAAACCUACACUUUGUACAUAUCACUCUCCAUGUGUUGUAUCAGACAUGUCAAGUCUUUCAUCAGAGUGUGUGGUGAAAAUAGCUGAGGAAAGAGGAGGGUUUAACUGCUGCGACUGAACAAUGAGUUGAUCUCACAUCACUAUGAGGUACAAUGGAGGAAACAUGUCUUCAGCAGCUGCUCUUGCUGACCUCACUGCUGUGCUGCACAACACACCAAGCCUCUCUGACUGUGAGUCCCAGCAGCUCUCAGAUGUUUGAAGGAGAGUAUGUCUCUCUGAGCUGUGAGGAGGACGACAGCUCUGCUGGAUGGACGCUGAGGAGGAACACAACCAUAGAAACCAGAGCUGCGUGUGAUGAGUGGGGAGAAGCAGAUGGUUCUGUGUGUAAACUCAGCCCUAUAGCCAUUAUAGACAGUGGAGUUUACUGGUGUGAGUCCAGAGAGGGAGCAACCAGUAACAGCAUCAACAUCACUGUCAUCACUGAUGGAUCAGUGAUCCUGCAGAGUCCUGUCCUCCCUGUGAUGGAGGGAGAUGAUGUCACUCUGCACUGUAAAACAAACACCUCCAACUUCACAGCUGAUUUCUAUAAAGAUGGCUCCCUCAUCAGGACUGAGCCUGCAGGUCACAUGACCAUCCACCAUGUUUCCAAGUCUGAUGAAGGCCUCUACAAGUGUAACAGCAGUCAUGGAGAGUCUCCACCCAGCUGGAUCACUGUCACAGACAAACCCACCACCACAACUCAUCCUCAUCCUGACGUCUCCUCAUCCCCCUCUCCUCCUCUCUUUGUGUUGCUGUAUAUUCUGCCUGUCUGUGGUCUGGUCCUGCUGGUUCUACUGGUUCUGUUGGUUCUACUGGUGAGACGAUGCGUCCGGAGGAAACCUGCAGAGAGUGACCCAGUUCCAGUUUAUUCAUCAGUGAGAAGAACAGAUGACGUCAGCUGUGAAGCGAACAGGACAAGAGAGAGCGAUCCAGCUGUAGUGUACGCAGCGGUAAAAAGAACAACAGACGUCUGUUAUGGACAAAUAGCCAUCAGCCCAAACAGCAGGAGAGGUCGGACAGAGCGCCCCCUAGAGUCAGAGGUAGUCUACUCCUCACUGAAGUAGACCUCCACACCUUCACACCAGUCCGACCACUGACGUCCUGCUGCUGGUCUGCCAGCUGCAGACUUCUGUAUAUACAUAAUUUAUUUCAUUAGAUGUUUGCUUUUGUGUUUCUAACAGGAACAGUUGUAACUGAAUGUAGAGCUGCAACGAUUGUCCAAUAAACCAAAAUAUUCUCAAAUGUGAA